AUGAAGAAGAAGAAACUCCCAAAGCUCACGCGUAGAACAGCUUGUGUGCCAAGCCAAUCAUUGAUCCCUGCCACAAGCAAAACAAAAAGUUGUUGUCGUAAAGUGCAAGAACUUACACAGGAUUUUCUCCAGGAUUGGCCACGUGAGGUCACGCAGCAUCCAUGCGAGCAGCAAGGAGAGCGCGAAGAGGCUGCUAUACAUGAUUCUUGCCGAUCAGAGAUGCUGCUCGCUAAUCCCUUACAAGCCUGGUCUUCGACGCCAUGGCCAGUCGGAGCUCCAGCACUGCUCCAGUUCUCUGGAUUGAUCGACUACCCUCGUGGUGCUUACGGCCCGCUGGAAUCUGGCUGCCAAGGGAUAGGAUUGCGAGAGCUUGAGAAAGAGCUGCUUAGAGAACGGGGUAGAAAUCCAUUGCCUGGUGGGCUGUCGAGAGCAAGUAGCUUGGUGGAUAUGUAUCUCAAGUGUGGGAGCUUGGUGAAUGCUCUUUGGGUCUUUGGCAAGAUUCAAUGCAACAAUGUGGUCUCGUGGACUGUCGUGGUUUUUGGCUACAUGCAAAACGGGGAGUUAGCAAUUGGAUUGGAGCGCUUUACUUGGAUGCAGCUGGAAGGCUGUGAUCCAGGAGAUCAAACUUUUGUAGCUGCGAUCAAGCUUGGUGGAGAUGUAUCUCAAGUGCAGAGUGUGGUAGAUGCUCGUCAGAGUCUUUGA